AUGAUGACGCCGAUAGAGGAGAAGAAAGAUGAAAAGAUACGCACAGGAAUGGUGCAGGUGUCGGAUGGGAAGUCCCGUCCACGGCCUGCACGGCUUUUACUUACCAUGGAUGCGGUGACCAUCCAAAGAGAGGCACCUGUGCCCAUAUUGCCACCAAAGGACAAAAAUGUGCCUCACGCUAGGGAGCGGAUGGUACAAAUUACCAGGCAGAAAGUUGGUGGUCUUGGCCUCAGCAUCAAGGGAGGUUCAGAACAUAAACUGCCAAUAUUAAUCUCAAAGAUAUACAAGGACCAAGCUGCUGAUCAGACAGGACAACUUUUUGUUGGAGAUGCUGUAAUUAAAGUUAAUGGUGAAUACAUAACAGCCUGCAAACACGACGAUGCUGUGAACAUACUGAGGAACGCCGGUGAUAUCGUUGUACUAACUGUGAAGCAUUAUAGGGCUGCCACACCUUUCUUACAGAAGCAAGCUGACGGAGCAUCAGAUACGGACAGCAGCACCGGCGACGAUCACCCAUCGCUUCACAACAAGGUCGAUGCGAAUUGCAACUCGGAGAAGAGUUCAGAACACACCAAUGGUGGUUGGCAGAGCGCUUGGCCUGAUGAAGAAUCGAGUAGACCGGGAAGUGCUACAGGAUCGGUGAGAGGCUCCCGGCCUCCCUCGGUCGCUUCGGAUCGACACGAUGUCACCAUUAAGGAAUGGGUUGACGUCGUAUCAGUGCCAUUAAUGAUGGGAUACGUAACGCGAUACGUCCUUGGGACAGAUAAAUUGAGACCUGGAGCUUUUGAGGUCCGAGGAGCUCGUCCGCAUUUAACCACCGGUGUGAUACACGUGGACGAUCCCGUGGCGCUGUCUCACUGGCUGAAGAGCAUUUCCGAUAAUAUCGUGGGACUCACGAACUUACAGAUGAAACUUUUUAACCGCCACCUGGCGGCCGGAGAGCGGAUCGAGUACAUGGGCUGGGUGCACGAGGGCGUGGUCACGGCCGCGCAGCCCUGGCAGUCCUAUCGACCCAAGUUCUUGGUACUGAAAGGAACUGAUGUCAUGCUUUUCGAUGUACCACCGAUGAACAUGACCGAGCUAGCGAAAUGCCCAGAAAGCCUCAAAGUUUACCAGACCAUGUUCAGGACUGUAAAAGAGAGCGAGACGGUGGACUGGAGGCAGCACUGCUUCUUGGUGCAGAGCAGCAGCGCCGGGGUCGGGACCCCAGGCCCGAGGUACUUCAGUGCGGAGACCAGACAGGAACUGCUGAGGGUCGAGGCCGCCUGGACAGCUAACAUCGUCAAUUCUGUUAUAAGACUCGGGAAAAAGACAUUCACGGUUGUGCAUUCAGGACGUGCAGCCGGGCUGACGUUGGAUUGGUCGGCGGGGUUCUCGCUCACUGAGGGCACACCCGGAGCGUCUCCCGUCUGGUCGUAUAGAUUUUCGCAAUUAAGAGGUUCGAGUGACGAUGGAAAAUCCAAAUUGAAACUCCACUUCCAAGACGCCGAAACGAAGGUCAUUGAAACAAAAGAAUUAGAAUGUCAAAUACUGCAGAGUCUAUUGUUCUGCAUGCACGCCUUCCUGACCGCAAAGGUGGCUUCCGUAGACCCGGCCUUCCUCGCGUCCAUACAGCAGUCUAAUUAAAUAUUAAACCCAAACGACUAUAAACAUUCGCUUAUGUUAACAUUAUUACUGUGAAAAUCUCCCUGAAUACGCAAAGUGAUGUUUGUUGUUUUUAUCCGGCAAGAUACCAUCGACUGACGAUAGAUGGCGCUAGGACAGUUUAAAUAAUUAAUUGUUUCGGAAUUAUUUUGUUAGUAAUGAAAACUAGGAUCUGAAGAGAAGCGCUAACGAUAAGAAAUAUUUGUGAAGCGAAAUGUACGUGCUAACUCUCUGAUUGUCAAUUUAAUAGCGAAAACUAGUUGAUAACGAAUUAAUUGACGUCUUUUAAACACGAUCGGUGAUUUUAAAAUGAGAAGAACUACAGUUAUAUGUUUAAUGUUGUUGGACGUGGAACAAUUAUUGGUUAUUUCACUGAUUCCUAGACUUCUUGAUGCGAUUUCAACUCU